AUGGAUUUUGGAAAUAUCGACCGUAAUCCUAUAGCUUAUCUACGAUAUGGCAAUUAUUGUGGUUUGGGUUCCAGAGGUACUAUACCUGUUGAUGAAACUGAUAUCUGUUGUAUGAAUCACGAUAAUUGCUACCAAAAUACAAAUUGCAAGGGUUUAUACGAGGGAAAAUUUAACUUCUAUUCGUGGAAAUUUCAGAACAAUGAAAUUAUUUGCAAGCCCUCCGCUGAUCCUUGCGAUCAAGCCAACUGUGAAUGCGAUAAAGCUUUCGUUCUGUGCCUGAAGAAAGCUCCUUACAAUUGUAAAAAUGCUUUAAGGCCAUCUAAUCUCUUUUGCUAA